GACCGGUAUGAUUGCAUCUUUGAAAGGGCAGGGCAAGCGCAACUAGUUGGAACUGAGCUGAAGAUAGCGGUUUGUUUUUGGUACUGUUGAUGAUACUACGCCAAAUCAGCUGGGAUGUUAGGCAAAAUGGCAGUAAACACGAAAAUUGUCAGUAUCGAAGUAAAAGAUGUUCGCUUCCCAACAUCACUCGAGGGCCAUGGAUCAGAUGCAAUGCACACUGAUCCCGACUAUUCCUGUGCCUACGUCAUCAUCAGAACAGAUGCUGGAGAUGGACUAGAGGGUCACGGUCCAACCUUUACUAUUGGCAGGGGCACAGAGAUUGUUGUGGCAGGAGUUAAGGCUCUCAUCCCGUAUGUGGUUGGCUGCAAGCUGGCAGAAAUCUAUGGUGAUUUUGCGACUUUCUGGCGGAAGUUAACAAGUGAAUCCCAACUCAGAUGGAUAGGACCAGAGAAAGGAGUUAUCCAUCUGGCCACAUGUGCAGUGAUGAAUGCUCUCUGGGAUCUGUGGGCAAAAAUGGCGGGAAAGCCACUUUGGAAGUUGCUUGUAGAUAUGAGCCCUGAGCAACUGCUAAGCGUGAUAGACUUCAGAUACAUAACUGAUGCACUGACAAAAGAAGAGGCCCUACAGAUUCUGAAAGCCAAUGAAUCAACAAAAGCUGAAAGAGAAGCAGAGUUGAUGAAGAAUGGUUUCCCGGCGUACACCACAUCGACUGCUUGGCUGGGAUAUUCUGAUGAAACUUUGAAAAAGAGAUGCAAGGCUGCGCUCAAAGACGGUUGGACCUGGUUUAAGAUGAAGAUAGGAGCCAGUUUAGAGGAUGAUAUCAGGAGAGCUAAGAUCAUCAGGUCGGAGAUUGGAGAUGACAACAUCUUGAUGAUGGACUGUAAUCAGAGAUGGGAAGUAUCACAAGCCAUAGACUGGAUGAAAAGCCUAGCUGAAUUCAAACCAUACUGGAUCGAGGAACCGAUUUCACCUGACGAUGUGCUUGGACAUGCAGCAAUUGCUAAGGCACUAAACCCAUUAGGCAUCAAGGUGGCGACUGGAGAACAGUGUCAGAACCGUGUAAUGUUCAAGCAGUUCCUCCAGGCCAAAGCUCUUCAGGUCCUUCAGAUAGACAGCUGUCGUAUCGGAGGGGUCAACGAACUACUCGCUGUGAUCCUCAUGGCAAAGAAAUUUGGAGUACCUGUAUGCCCACAUGCUGGUGGAGUGUUGCUAUGUGAGCUGGUGCAUCAUCUCAGUAUGUUUGACUAUGUAUGUGUAUCAGGAACUAAAGAAGGAAGGGUGAUUGAAUUUGUAGAUCAUUUGAGGGAGCAUUUCAAGUACCCUUCUAUCAUCAAGAAUGCUUCCUACAUGCCACAGAAGAUCCCAGGGUAUUCAACAGAACUCAAGCAAGCCAGCUUAGAUGACUAUGUCUACCCGGAGGGGCGAAUGUGGCAGCAACUUGCUAAGGAAGGCAAGGUCAAGUUGUAAGCAACGAUUGUCAAGUUUGCCAGAUUGGUAACAUUUGAAUUAGCAGUGUUAAUUCUAUCUUAACAGGGCUAUUUCAGACCAACAUAUACUGGGGGGUCAAAUUGACCCCCCCCCCCUCAGAUCUCGGCCGUUGAUUGCGCGGUCAUCGCGAAAAUUUGCAUGCGCGUACAGCCAGAUGUAAACUAUAAGACUGUAUAGUAAAAUUUUCAAAAAAUUAAUUGCUUAUAUUUUUUAUUAACUAAAUAUGCAAAUAAGAAUAUGAAAUUUGCCCUAAUUUGUUUUUUUGUGUAUGUUUUUGCCUUUAACUCAAUUUAUAUAGCUAGUAGAAUGCUAAUUUUGGUGAACAUACAGAUUUGUACAUUUCAAAAAAAGUCUCCCCAAAAUUGCCGAAAAAUUAUUAAUUUCCUAUGUAUUUUAUUGUUUUUUAAAUUCUUAUAUAUUUCUAUGUUUUUUUAAACCUUUGUUUUUUAUUGUUUUUUUCGAUGAACUUUGUCGGGGACCCUUUUGCGAUCAUAAAUAACAUAAAAUAAAUCCAUCUAAACCAACAAAAAUAAAAACAAUCUUAAAUUUAUGAUUUUUAGUUCAAAAACACAAUUUGCUUUGACCUUGUACACGUAAUCACGUUUUUUGAGCAAUUUUGGGACCAACAUGCGCUUACAAAAUAUUGCUUAAUUUCAGAACCACUUUCGGGGGCAUCGUAAAUGUGGUCCCAAAAGAUGCGCAAGACUUGAAAGUAAAAAGUCAGCGAGCGGCGCGGUAAAAAAAUUGUGCGCAUCGGCGUAGUGGCAACAUUUUUCAAGUUUAAUAAUGGUAAAAUUUAAUAAGGGUAAAAGGUAUCAGAAUAUGAUGGCAAGUAACAUACAGUACAUAAAAAGUUGAGACACAGCAUGGCCUUUUUUGUUAAGAUGAUUAGCCUGCUUUGGGCUGUAGGGAAAUAUUACAACACUAAGUGAAAUAAAUUCCAUAUUUGUGUUAUAUUUAAGUGGGACCAUAAAACAAAAUAAUAUCACAAAAUGGUGUAUACAUGUAUUUAUAAAUUGCUAUAUCUGUGUGUGUGUGUGGGGGGUUGAGUUAGAUGUAUUCUCAUGCAAUGUCUCUUAUCUGUUUGACAAAUCUACAUUGUAGUGUCCUCAUGUACUCUUAGCUACAUUGGAGCAGUUACAAAUUGAUUUAAAGGUUUUAAGGUUCAAGCUCUGGUCAUGUCUUCCGGAUGGUGACAAUGAAUAUCUCCCUCAGACCAAGAUUUUAAAUGAAUGCCGGAUCGAUGCAUUGUCUAUAAAAAAAAAUCAAUUACAGGCGUGCACACAUACAACACAGUAUUAGAUAACUCAUUUUGGUCUUCCAAGUAAUUGUGUUAUAUUCAGGAGAACAGUUGUAUUUCUUGGAGCAGGCAAUGAAUCUUCUUUCAAAAUUGGAGUAGUGCCAAGUCAGUGAUAGUAGGUGAUGUGGCAAAUAUUGAGGGUGGGGCUGGUGGCCUCCAACCCCCCCUCCCCCUCCCAAAAAAGACACUUUAGGACUGUUAAAAAAAAUUUGCUAAUUUUAAACUGAAAUUUAUAUGCUCAAACAUUAUACAAUAUGAUUGUUCAAACAGUUUUUGAUAGUUUUUAAUCAUGAAAAUAUUAAGAUGAAUAUAAGAUUUUAUUGAAAUUUAGUAAUGUACAUUGUACAUGUAUAUGUAUUCUUGUGAAUCUGUGUUUAUUUUAUGUAUGAAAGUGAAGUUUGAGUUGAAUGUGUUUUGUUUUGUUUUGUUAUGUUUUUGCUUGUUUAUGUAUGCAAAAAAAAUUGUUAUCAAGAAACUUAUCUUUAUUAUAGAGAGGAAAGGAAUGUAUAUGCGGGGAAAAACAGAGACAUUAUUGUAGAUAAAAUUGUAUAGAAAUGUUUAUCUUUGCCAAGGAUUGAGUUACUGUAUCUUUUUAUGCAGCAUAAUAUGCUGCAUGAAAACUAAAGAAAUAGAAGGCUUUUUGGUUUGGGUUUUUAGCUCAUCCGGCCCGAAGGGCCUGAUGAUCUUAUGCUGUGGCGUGGUGUCCAUCGUCUGUCGUCCAUCCACAAUUUCAAAAUGCUUCUUCUUCGCCAUUUCAGGUCCAAUUUCAAUUUUGUUUGCUUUAUAUGAUAGCACUAGGUGGGGGAUUCAAAACUUCUACACAGAAUAUUGAAACUCAUUAAAUAUGCUAAUUUAUGAGCAUUUUUCAAAAUCUACAUAAAAUGCUUCUUAUUUGUUGACCGAUUUUGAAUUUUUUACUUCCAUCUGGUAGAGCUUCAUGAGGUUUACCAAACUUCUACACAGAAUUUAGAAAUUUUGACUAGAACAAUUUUUAUGCUAAUUUAUGCGAAAUUGAUCUAUGCAUAUUUUUAGAAAUUCACAUAAAAUGCUUCUUCUUCUUUAUUUGUUGACCGAUUUUGAUUUUUUUUCUUUCAUAUGGUAGAGCUUCAUGAGGUUCACCAAACUUCUACACAGAAUUUUUAAAUUUGGAAUGGAAAAUUAUGCUAAUUUAUGCAAAAUUCAUAAAUCACAGAAAAUGCCUCUUGUUUGUUGACUGAAUUUCAAAAUGCUUCUUCAUUGUCAUUUCAAGUCUGAUUUCAAUUCUGUUUGCUUUAUAUGAUAGCAUUAGGUGGGGUAUUCAAAACCUCUACACAGAAUUUUGAAACUCAUUAGAUAUGCUAAUUUAUGCAUAUUUUUAAAAAUUCACAUAAAAUGCUUCUUUGAUUGUUGACCAAAUUUGAUUUUUUUUUUCCUUCCAUCUGGUAGAACUUCAUGAGGUUCACCAAACUUCUACGCAGAAUUUUGAAAUUUUCAGCAGAAAAUUAUUUAUGCUAAUUUAUGCGAAAUUUAUUUAUAAAUCACAGAAAAUGCCUCUGCUUUAUUUGUUGACCGAUUAUGAUUUUUUUUCUUCCAUCUGGUAGAGCUGCCUGAUGUUCACCAAACUUACACAAAAUUUUGAAAUUUUGUCUAGAAAAUUAUUUAUGCUAAUUUAUGCAAAAUUUAUUCAGAAAUUAAAAAAAAUGUUUUUUCUUCAUUUGUUGAUCAAUUUCAAUUUUGUUUGCUUUAUAUGAUAGAUCAAGGUGGUGAUACAAAUUUUCAACACAUAAUUUUGAAACUCAUUGAAUAUGCUAAUUUAUUCAUAUAUUUUCAAAACUCACAAAAAAAACUUUUUUAUUUGUUGAAUUUUGAUAAUUUUUCCAUCUGAGAGCUACAUGAGUUUCACCAAGGUUCUGCAUAGAAAUUUUGACUAGAAAAUCAUUUAUGCUUAAUUUAUAUGAAAUUUAUUCAUAGAUCACAAAAAAUGCUUCUUUGUCAUUUUAUUAUCAAUUUCAAUUCUCUAUCCUCAGUUUAUGUCACCAAUAUAAUUCACUACAUUGUCAACUGGGCUGAAAUUAAAAUUGUGUUAAAUUUUGUUGCGAGAUGCCGGAUGAGCUCCACAUCAUUGAUGUGCUAGUUUUAUCAUUUGAUUAUGCAACUUUUAACUAGAAAAGAAAUGCACUAGUUCCUUGAACAUUAACCUCAGCUUGAUAGCUAAGUGCAUUUUAGCAUUGAAAAAAAUGGAAGUUUACUAGUACCUACUGUUUUCACACCUGGGUGGAGAGUGGCAAAAUAGGCUAAUGCAGAUACUACCAACCAUUAUGUGUUUGGUAAAAUUACACGUAUUGCAUUGUUGCUACCAUAUUCCAGCAUUCCUUUUUUUUUCUCUCUUAGCUUACGAUUUUCUAUUUAAAAAAAAAAGUUUCAUAAGUCGUACGAAGAGGCAAUUGGAUGCAAUGCUUACAUGAAUUAUCAAACAUAAUACAUUUCAUAUAAUGAAACAUAAGAAAGAAAAUUGACAUGUUUUUCAUAAUCUGGUUUAAAACAUUGCUGUGACUUGAACAAACUUAUCUUGAGAUAUUUCUAUGGAUACCAUUAAUGAAUGCCAGAUAAUUUCGGGUUAUGAUUUUUAUUAAUUGAUUUAAGAUCAUGAAGAUUGUAUAAUGUAUGACAUCAAUAUAGUUGUAUUGAGUUGAGCUUUGAUACAGAGUAUUACAUUGAGUUCAAUCCUAUUUAGAUAUAUCAUUAUUUUUCAUAAAAAUAUGUAUACUUAACAUUCUGUGACUGCUGAAGAGAUGCCCUGUCAUUUCUCGGAAAUACAAGAUACUAAACAUUCCAAAAAAUAGAAAAUGAUAUAUCAUUAUUCUGUAGAAAAAAUAAGAAACUGCUCAUUCACAAAUUGUGUUGCUUGUGAAGUAAAACAGUACUUUGAUAUGCUUAACUGUGUGCAUAUUUAACAAAUUAUGUUCCCUUCACUUAAGUUUAGCUAUGAAGAGAAACUACUUGUCAAAUGUCAGGAGAGAUUAAGUUUUCUCUUCUUUUUUUGGAAUGAAUUUGUUCUGUAAGUGUGAUUUUUAAGUUACGUAUUACAUGAGAAAAACUAUUAUGUCUAAUGUUGUAUAUUGCAUGUUUUUCAUUUUGUUUUGUAAUUUUUGUGUUUUUAUGAUGAAGUGCCAAGAAAAUAUUUUAUAUAGAAAUAUAUAUUCAAGUUUAAUACAUAUUUGAAAAUAAAAACCAUGGGAACUAUAUCAUGGUAAUAACAUUUC